UCAACAACUGCAGCCACCUCGGUAGCUCUCUUGACAACAAAGUCGGAACAUUCAAGCUCUUUAGACAAUUUACUGCUUUAUUUAACACUAUGAUUUAAACAUACUGAUGUGUAAACAACUAGGUACCUCAUUUAAUUUAAUAUUUACGUUGUAAGUCAAUUAGCUGUCUGGUCAAGUUAGCACUAGUCUAGUCGCUAAUGCUAACUAGCUGUUAUCCUCGACCAUGAGUUCACUAAGCCACUCUCCUCCUGAUAAAGAAGAGAAGAUCUGCUGGACGGAGAAGGAAGCUCUCGUCAAAGAGGAGGCUGUUACAAUACAAGAACACGUAGAGGGUGGGGCUGUUACUGUGAAAGAGGUGGAGGAAGACGUUUCAGUGAAAGACGAGGAAGACACGUUCAGAGUGAAAGAGGAGGAGGAUGUUACAGUAAAAGAAGAGGAGAAUGCAGGUUUUGGAGAGAAGGAGGUUACUGUGACAGUGAAAGAAGAUGAAAACGUUUUUUUAAUGAAGGACGAAGAGGGGGAGAUUACUGUCACAUUAGAGGAGGACGAAGAAGAGAAGAUUGGAGACCUGAUUAACACCAGUAAAUACAGAGAGAUACUUAACUAUUGUGGAUCCUCUGGGAGCCUCAACAACCUUGUGAUGCUGAAGAGGCAGAGAAUAGUCUCUCCAGAUCAGAACACCUCAAGAAACACUUGCAGAGAUCCACAGGGAGGAGAACUCACUGCUGCUCUGACUGUGGGAAGAGAUUCACCUCAUCAGGCAUUAAAAUUCAUCAGAGAACACACACAGGAGAGAAACCUUAUAUCUGUGGUCAAUGUGGGAAGAGUUUUGGUGGAUCUGGAGAGCUGACAGUGCACCAGAGAACACACACAGGAGA